AUGUGCGAGCGGGCGGCGCGCCUGUGCAGGGCCGGCGCGCACAGGCUGCUCCGGGAGCCGCCGCCGCAGGGCCGGGCGCUGGGCGGGCUGCUGCGCUGGGUGGGCGCCAGGAUGGGCGAGCCCCGCGCGCCGCUGGCCCCCGACGCCCCCGCCGCGGACCCCGGCCCCGGCCCGGGCCCCGCUUCGCCGCGCGGGGGCACCGCCGUCAUCCUGGACAUUUUCCGUCGUGCGGACAAAAAUGAUGAUGGGAAGUUGUCCUUGGAGGAAUUCCAGCUCUUCUUUGCAGAUGGCGUCCUCAACGAGAGAGAACUGGAGGAUCUCUUCCACACCAUCGACUCCGACAACACCGACCAUGUGGACACCAAAGAGCUGUGUGAUUACUUUGUGGACCACAUGGGGGACUAUGAGGACGUCCUGGCCUCCCUGGAGACCUUGAAUCACUCUGUCCUGAAGGCCAUGGGCUACACCAAGAAGGUGUACGAGGGCGGGAGCCACGUGGACCAGUUUGUGACGCGCUUCCUCCUGAAGGAGACGGCCAAUCAGAUCCAGUCCCUGCUGAGCUCGGUGGAGAGCGCGGUGGAGGCCAUCGAGGAGCAGACCAGCCAGAUCCGACAGAACCACAGCAAACCCAGCCACGGUGUGGUGGAGACCUGGUCUGGGAGCCCCACUCCCCCCUACGCCCCCAACCACAAGCUCAUGGCCACGGAGCAAGGAAAGAACUUUCCGCCUGUCACCUCGGACCCCAAGGAGGAGGGCCUGGAAGCUCAGAUCAGCAGGUUGGCAGGGCUGAUAGGACGGCUGGAGAACAAGACCCUUUGGUUUGACCUUCAGCAGCAUCUCUCAGAUGAAGAAGGCACCAACAUGCAUCUGCAGCUGGUCCGGCAGGAGAUGGCCGUGUGCCCCGAGCAGCUGGGCGAGUUCCUGGACUCUCUGCGUCAGUACCUGCGGGGCACCGCCGGAGCCAGGAACUGCUUCCACAUCGCAGCUGUGAGGCUGGCGGACGGCAUCACCUUUGUGGUCUAUGAGUUCUGGGAGACGGAGGAAGCGUGGAAGAGGCACCUGCAGAGCCCCGUGUGCAAAGCGUUCCGGCACGUCAAGGUGGACACGCUGAGCCAGCCCGAGGCCCUCUCCCGGAUCUCUGUGCCAGCCGCUUGGUGCACCCUGGGCCGCGACGGACCACCUCGCUGAGGCCCCGCCGAUGAGCCUGCUGCCCUGCCUCCUCUGGUGAAGGACGUCCACCCUUUUCUAGAAACUUUGGUAUACAAGCUGUCUUUUCCAUAUACGUCCAAAUAAGAAUGCUGUUUGAAGUGGAGGAGGACCCCUGCCCUGCCCGUCCGCCCCUUGUUGGCAGAGCAGCGCCUGAGCUGCUGGGUCCUGCUGAAGCCCAGGGGCAGCGGGACGGCACGGGAGGCUUCCUACAGGCAGCCCUCACCCCUCUCCCUCCUGGUUGUCAGCCCCCCACACACACACACCUGGUAGGAGCCGAGACUCUGUAGUGCCCACCCUAGGCCUGGACCGAGCCUGCAGGCAGCAGUAGACUCCACGUAGCCAGUGCCCUGCUAGGCAGGCACCAAAUAAACUCGUGUUGGGGAUGGCUGCGUGUUUGUUUCCCGUGUUUCUAGCUGAUGGCAGCUGGCGAGCUGUCAGGAUGCUCGGGGCCCCCUAUGAGCCGUGAAACCC